UAAUUUGUCAAUAAGAAAGAAGUCCUCCGAAGAAGAAGAACCUUGAAUCCUCCGGCGAGCAUUGUCGUUAUUGUCGUUCCCAAUUCUGAGUCGAAGCAUAUUCCUUUCUCUCUCUCUUUCGUCGAAGAAAACCCAAUUUAAAGAACAGAAAAGGAAACCCAGAAGAAUAAUAAAGCGAAAGCAGAAAGGAAGAAGAAAGCGCGAAGCUUUUCGGACCUUGCCUUUGGGGACGACAAGUUGACAAAAUCUUGUGACAGACUGAAUUGUGGUUGCUGUUGUGAUAACACUCUGAAAGUAGAUGCGAAAUAAUUGGAUGUUCUUCAUGGGUCCUGAUGGAGGUUCAUCAUACAUUUUGCCUAUGGACACCUUUUUACCACAUGGGAUUAGCAGUCAGUUGUUUUCUCAUUUACACAUCCCCGGAAGCUUAGCCUUGGAGGCUUUUAGCUGCGUCUCCAAGUUUGCGGGAGCUUUGCUUUGUUGGAUUUCGCAUGCAAAUUUGAGAAGGGAAAUAGCUAGCAGCCAAUGGGACUCGGCAAGUAAGAGCUGUAAUUCUUCUACACAGGCGAAGCGCUUCACGUUUAGACAGCCGGACUUUAAUGGGUUUCACUUUAACAUGGGAUCAAAAGACAUCCAUGGUGUUUUUGGCAAGAUCUCAAGGUCGAGUAUUCAGCAUCUUUUCAAUGAAUCUGAAAGGCUACAUUCAUUUUCCGUGCUCUCUUUAGCUGCUGCUUUGGUACCACCGUUUAAUAACAUGUCUUCCAAUGUCCUUGCCCUGCCACUAGAGAAUACCGAUGUUCAAAUUCACGAGAACAUUGAACAAAGUCCUUGUCAAGUUGUUCGUGAAGACUAUAACGGUUUGUCCUUUCACGACUUUGACAGGGCAAGACAAGCUGUGGAACCCCGAACAGGGAUUGAAUUCCCAAUGCUGUUGGACAAAAAUACCUAUGGAUUAACUUCUGAGGUGCUUGUUGGAACUGGAUCCCGGACCAUGAAAAUUAUCAGAAUUAAAUCUCUAAAAGUAUAUGCAUUCGGUUUUUAUAUCCAUCCUUCGUCGGUGUGCAAGAAGCUUGGCCCUAAAUAUGCCUCUUUUCCGCCAUGCAAACUCGACAAAUAUGAUGACUUUUACCGGGAUCUUCUCAGGGAGGAUAUCGGUAUGAGUGUAAGGCUUGUGGUUAACUGCAAUGGCUUGAAGAUCAACACUGUUAGGGAUGCUUUUGAGAAAUCUCUCCGAGCUCGUCUGGUAAAGACGAACCCAAAUACCGAUUUCCACUGCUUGAGGGCGUUUGGCUCAUUCUUCACCAAAGACAUCCCGAUACCAGCGGGAACAAUAAUAGACUUUCGACGUACAGCUGAUGGGCAAUUCAUUACAGAGAUUGGGGGUAACCAGAUCGGGGCUGUCCGAAGCAAGGAUCUGUGCAGGGCAUUCUUUGAUAUGUACAUAGGAGAUUUUCCUGUGUCCGAGCAGACAAAAGAGGAUAUCGGUAGAAACGUUGCGGGAAUAAUACGAAGAUGCUGAAACAAAUGGAUAACAUUUUCGGCAUCCAUUGGCCUCGGGUUUUCCUUUUUUUUUUGGAGCAGAAGGAGAUCGGAGGAACGGUGUCUGGAAAGGGAUGAUGUGAAACAGGCGGUUCUCAAGAAGGGAGGGACUUAUGUUGUCUGAAUAUACAGAUAUAUGUAAUAGGGAUUGUAAUUCUCUGGUGUUUAGCUUUAGGAGCAUCAUAAAAGAGAAAGGCCGAAAGUUUUAAAAAAAGGAAGUUUUAUGAUAUAAUCAUUUCAGGAUAUUACAAAUUAAGUAAUUGUGUA